AUGGGAAGUAAAUCCAUAAAUGCUGAGCUAAGGCUGAAGGAUUUGGAGAAAUGGAUUCUGUCCAGUCCUGCUCAAUGUGACCCUCCAAAUUUUAGCAUUGAAACGCUCUUGGAUGUUUUGAUUGUUGUCUAUGAUGAGUGCUGCAACUCAUCUCUUCGACGAGAAAAAGCAGUCUCUGAAUUCAUUGAAUUUGGAAAAACUGUUGUGUCUCGAGUAAAGGAGUUACGGCUCAGUCGAGAUGACUUUGAACUUGUCAAGGUCAUCGGGAGGGGAGCUUUUGGGGAAGUGGCAGUGGUUAAGCUAAAAGGAACAGAAAAAAUUUAUGCCAUGAAGGUUCUCAGCAAGUGGGAAAUGCUGAAGAGAGCAGACACUGCUUGCUUUCAGGAGGAGCGCAGUGUUCUCGUAUUUGGAGACCGUAGGUGGAUCACCCAUCUCCAUUAUGCCUUCCAGGACGAAAACAAUUUGUAUCUUGUGAUGGACUAUUACUGUGGUGGUGAUCUCCUGACCUUGUUGAGCAAGUUUGAAGAUCGUCUGCCUGAGGACAUGGCCCGAUUCUACAUUGCUGAAAUGAUCCUGGCUAUUGAUUCCAUCCAUUCACUGCAUUAUGUCCACCGUGAUGUUAAACCUGACAAUGUCUUGCUUGAUGCUGAGGGGCAUGUACGCCUGGCAGAUUUUGGCUCGUGCCUCCGAAUGGAUGAUGCUGGGACUGUGCAUUCCAGUGUGGCAGUGGGCACUCCAGACUAUAUUUCUCCUGAAAUUCUGCAGGCCAUGGAAGAUGGACAGGGGCACUAUGGGGCAGAGUGUGAUUGGUGGUCACUAGGAGUCUGCAUGUUUGAGAUGCUGUAUGGAGAGACACCCUUUUAUGCUGAAUCUCUUGUUGAGACCUAUGGCAAGAUCAUGAACCAUAAGAAUUGCUUUAGUUUUCCACCUGAACCAGACAUUACUCCUGAAGCUAAGGACUUAAUCGGUCGACUCAUAUGCUCGCCUGAUGCUAGAUUAGGAAGGAGUGGAUUAGAAGACUUCAAGAAUCAUGCUUGGUUUUCUGGAGUGGACUGGGAACACAUAAAAGAGAUGAGAGCCCCUUUCAUCCCAGAAGUUAGCAGUCCAGCUGACACAUCCAACUUUGAUGUGGAUGAUGGAACUGAAGCCAGAAGUUUUGAGGCGUAUCCCCCACCUUCUAAUCCUGCAUUUUCUGCCCUUCAUCUACCAUUUGUUGGCUUCACUUUUACACAGGGGAGCAAAAUUUCAGACUUGGGGUCCCUCAUACUUGAGGCAUUGAAUCAAGAAGUAGUGGAUGGAGGACAGGUUGUGGAGAGCUCUAAGCCAAAAAUUCCAAGGAGAGAUCAUGUGACUAGAAGAGAAAUUGGAGAACACCCAGAGAAGUUGAAGGAGCUUCAAGGCAUAGUGACUACACUACAAAGAGAAAAAGACACUGUUUUAUCAGAAUUAUUGGAAACAAAGGAGAAAUUGAAACUCCAGACGAAAGAUCUUCAAGAUGCAAAGAACCAGAGAGAAUUGGCCAUGUCUGAAUACUCAGAAGUUAGUGACAUGUUGACAGAAUUACGUAUGCAAAAGCAGAAAUUGGGGAGACAGGUACGUGAGAAGGAAGAAGAACUGGAAUCGAGUAUGAAAAAGAUAGAUGCAUUGAGGCAAGACGUGAGGCGAGCUGAAAAACUCCGCCGAGACCUGGAAGCCCGCAUGGAUGAGCUGCAAGGAGAGGUGGCUAUUGAGAAGAAGCUACGAGAGCGGAGUGAGGAGUAUGCCAAGCAACUUGAGAAUGAGACAAAACAGCAGAAGAAGUGGAACGAAGGAGAGACCUCACCUGCUGUUUCUCAAGAAGUGGCCAGAUGGAAGAUGGAAGCAGAAAAAGCCAAAUUCCAGUUUGAUGAAGAUCUGGUACAACAUCAGAUGAAGUGGUCACGGGACUUGGAGACACUUCAGAAAAGGCUUGCUGAGGCUGAGACAGUCAGGGAUACUCUUCAAGAAGAGGUAGCAACUUUGAAGCAGCAGCUAGAAAGAGAGAGGCCACAUGUGACCCCUGACAAUGGUGAGGCCGAUUGGCAAGAUAAAAUGAAAGAUUUUCUCCUGGAAGACACAUCCCAUCACAUUUCCAAGAGUCCAGAUAAGUAUUCUGAAGAGGAAUGUGCGAGAGCUAUUGCUCGCUGGGAGACUCAAAUCUCUGAGCUACUCCAAUGGGUCCGUGAUGAAAAGGACAUUCGGAGCUACCUCCAAACAGUUGUUUACAAGACGAAUGAGGAAAUUCAGGGAUUGAAGUCAACUGGAUUGUCCAAUUCCCUUAAUGCUCCUCCUAGUUGGCGUAGUCGGCGGUCGCAGAAGCUUGACAAGAUGGAGUUAUUGAAUCUUCAAAGCAGCCUCCAGUCUGAAAUCCAGGCAAAGCAGGCCAUUAACAGCGAGCUUAGUCGAACUCGUGCUGAGCUGAUUGCUGCCCAGAAAAUCUACACAAUUCAUGCCUGUGAAUGGGCUGUGCUAAUAUCUAGGGAACGAGACGAGUUCAAGCGGCGGCUGGAGGAGAUGGCAGCCGAACUGAUGCACAAAGAUGCUCAAGUACGAGAGCUCCAGCAACGUGUUGAUUCUGCAGAUGGAUCCUUUUUGCAGUCCUCUGCCUCGCACCGUGCAUUCCUGGAGCAACUACUUAAGGACUCACCACCUCCACGUCGAGAAAUUGAGGGAGAUGACAAAAGAAAGGGAAGUGACACUUCAAGUGAUUACUUCCCAUCUCCAUCUAUUGCAUCUUCACAGCACAUGUAUUCCCCCAUGCAGAAGAAAAUCCACCAGUUUGUAGUACGAUCCUUCCAUCAACCCCUGAAAUGUAGCCAUUGCACAUCAGUGAUGCUGGGUCUUACACGACAAGGGGUUGUUUGUGAGGUAUGUGGCUUUGCAUGUCACAUGGCCUGCAAGGACUCCGUUCCUCCCAUCUGCCCUGUUCCAUCAGACCAGAAUCGUCGACCCUUGGGUAUUGAUCCCACUAGAGGAAUAGGGACAGCCUAUGAAGGGUAUGUGAGGGUGCCCAAGCCAGGUGGGGUGAAGAAAGGCUGGCAGAGACAGUUUGUGGUUGUGUGCGACUUCAAACUCUUCCUCUAUGAUGUCCCAUUGGAUCGGAAUGCACUGCCCCCAGUUAGCAUUUCUCAGGUCUUGGAUAUGCGAGAUCCUGAGUUUGAGGUGACUGAUGUCAGAGAGCAAGAUGUGAUACAUGCAAACAAGAAAGAUGUCCCAUGCAUUUUCAGAGUGACCACAUCAUUGAUGGAUCCACCAGGGUAUAAGGCAUAUCACCUCAUGAUGGCUGAUACUGAGAGUGAGAAAACCAAAUGGGUGCUAGCCCUGAAUGAGCUUCAUCGAAUUUUGAAGCGCAACCAACUCCCUUCUCGAAUGGUCUUCCGAGCCAAGGAAGUGUUGAACAACUCUCUCUCUGUGAUCAAGACAACCACAUCUGCAGCAGUGAUUGAUCCUGAUCGAAUUGUUCUGGGCUCUGAUGAUGGCUUAUUCUGCAUUGACCUGGACAGAAAAGAAAUUGCCAGGGUGGGAGAUGGGAGGAAAGUAAAUCAGGUGGAAUACAUAGGAGAAGAGCAGCUGUUGAUAGCCAUCUCGGGGAAGCAGAGGCAGUUACGCCUGAUUCCAGUUCGAGCCCUUGAUGGAGGAGAAGUGGAUUGGAUCAAGGUCCCUGACAGUAAAGGCUGUUCUACUUUCACAACAGGGGUCAUGAGACCUGGAGUUCCACCAAUAUUUUGUGUUGCUGUUGCCAUCAAGAGACAGGUUAUUGUUUACGAGAUCAAUCGAGAGAAGAAUCGUCAUAGGAGAGUGAGAGAAAUUUCAACACCAAACCCUGUCCAGUGUCUGACUGUUGUGAGCGAAGGAAGACUCUGUGUUGGCUAUCAGAGUGGCUUCACUCUUUAUAGCAUAUUUGGUGAACAUCCACCCAGACCUCUAAUCCAAGCAGAGAAUCAGAGUGUAGGAUUCCUUGCAUUCACACAAGUUGAUGCCCUCUGUGCUGUUGAGUUGCCUGAAGAUGAAUUCUUGCUCAUUUUCUCAACUCUGGGGAUUUAUGUGGAUGGAUAUGGAAGGAAAACUCGAGAAGUUGAGCUCAUGUUCCCAACUCUUCCUCUUGCUGUUGGCAAUGAGCAGGACAUCAACAUCUUCAAUUCCACCACUUCAGAAUGGGUCCAGACAAUGAACAUUAAGAGGGCUCAACCACUCACGUCCAUUGCCAUCCUGAGUCUCUGCUACAUCCAAGAAAUGCCUCAUAUUUUUUACCUGAGGAAUCUGCAUCUUGCUGGGGAUAUCAUAUGUGUUCCUCCACCAGAAACAUCUGAUGGGAAGUCACCUUCUGGAAGGAGAUUCUCCAUCAGGGAAAUAUCCAAGCUGGGUGGAGACAGGCGGAGUCGCAUCAUUUCGGCUCCAUCAAACUUCAGUCACAUCACUCAUAUGGGGCCUGGAGAUGGAAUCCAGCUUCAGAGACUCAUGGAAUUACCAACCACAUUGGCGACUUUAGAUCCCGAUGACCAAGGGACUGGGGAGCACUCUGAUAUCAGCAGACCCAAAGACGAAGACAAAGGUUCAGGAGACAUGAAGAACGACAGAACUGGAAAUGAUGACAGGAAACUACCAUCUGUCCCAAAACCAGCAGUACAAAUGAACAGUUUAACUGGAAUGGCCUACACACCAAGGUAUUAUGAGCUCUUUAGGAAGAGGAUAGCAUUACCUGUAUGGGAAUACAAAGAAGAAUUCUUGAAACUCCUACGUGGUCAUCAGAUAGUAGUUCUGGUUGGGGAAACAGGUUCUGGAAAAACAACACAAAUUCCACAGUGGUGUGUGGAGUAUGUCCGGUUCAAAUUCCCCGGUGCAAAGAAAGGAGUUGCCUGCACACAACCAAGGAGAGUGGCUGCUAUGUCCGUCGCCCAGCGAGUGUCUGAAGAAAUGGAUGUGGCUCUCGGACAAGAAGUGGGCUACUCCAUUCGAUUUGAGGAUUGUUCAUCUUCAAAAACCUAUCUAAAGUACAUGACUGAUGGUAUGUUGCUGAGAGAAGCAAUGAGUGAUCCACUUCUUGAUACCUAUGGAGUAAUCAUCUUGGAUGAGGCCCAUGAGAGAACUCUUGCCACUGAUAUCCUCAUGGGUGUACUCAAAGAAGUGAAAAGACAGCGAGAAGACCUCAAGAUUGUCAUCAUGAGUGCUACUCUUGAUGCUGGCAAGUUCCAGCAAUACUUCGACAAUGCUCCUUUGAUGAAUGUUCCUGGAAGGACACAUCCUGUUGAGAUCUUCUAUACUCCUGAGCCAGAGCGAGACUACCUGGAAGCUGCCAUUCGCACUGUUAUUCAGAUCCAUAUGUGUGAAGAUAUCCCUGGGGACAUCCUUCUUUUCCUCACUGGGCAAGAGGAAAUAGAGGAAGCAUGUAAACGAUUGAAGAGAGAGGUUGAUAACCUUGGUCCUGAUGUCGGAGAGCUCAAAUGCAUCCCACUGUACUCCACAUUGCCACCUAAUCUUCAGCAGAGAAUCUUUGAAUCACCUCCACCCAAUAAACCCAAUGGUGCCAUUGGAAGGAAGGUUGUAGUUUCUACAAAUAUUGCCGAAACAUCCUUAACCAUCGAUGGUGUGGUGUUUGUGAUUGAUCCAGGGUUCUCCAAACAGAAGGUUUACAAUCCAAGGAUUCGAGUGGAAUCUCUCCUAGUGUCACCUAUUAGCAAGGCUUCAGCUCAACAGCGUGCAGGUCGAGCUGGAAGAACCAGGCCUGGGAAAUGCUUCAGGCUAUACACAGAAAAGGCAUAUAAGCAGGAAAUGCAAGACAAUACCUAUCCAGAGAUCUUGAGGUCAAACCUAGGAUCAGUCGUGUUACAGCUGAAGAAGCUUGGCAUUGAUGACCUUGUACAUUUUGAUUUCAUGGAUCCUCCAGCUCCUGAAACUCUGAUGCGUGCUUUGGAGCUCCUGAAUUAUCUGGCAGCUCUGGAUGAUGAUGGGAACCUAACAGAGCUGGGGGCCAUCAUGGCUGAAUUCCCUUUGGAUCCACAACUGGCCAAGAUGUUGAUAUCUUCUACCCAGUUCAAUUGCUCCAAUGAAAUUCUGUCCAUCACCGCCAUGCUGUCUGUGCCCCAAUGCUUCGUGAGGCCCAAUGAAGCUAAGAAGGCAGCUGAUGAAGCCAAGAUGAGGUUUGCACACAUUGAUGGGGAUCAUCUCACACUCCUCAAUGUCUACCAUGCCUUCAAGCAGAAUAUGGAAGAUCCACAAUGGUCAUAUGAGAAUUUCAUCAACUACCGGUCCCUGAAGUCUGCUGACAAUGUCAGGCAACAGCUGUCUCGUAUCAUGGAUCGCUUCAGUCUCAAGAGGACAUCCACUGACUUCACCUCCAGAGAAUAUUAUGUCAACAUCCGAAAGACACUUGUGACUGGUUUCUUCAUGCAGGUGGCACACUUGGAGAGAACUGGGCAUUAUCUCACUGUGAAAGAUAAUCAAGUUGUUCAGCUUCAUCCAUCAACAUGCUUGGAUCACAAGCCUGAAUGGGUCAUUUACAAUGAAUUUGUCCUCACAACCAAGAACUACAUUCGUACAGUUACUGAUGUCAAAGCUGAGUGGUUGGUGAAGAUUGCACCACAGUACUAUGACAUUAACAAUUUCCCUCAGUGUGAAGCUAGAAGACAGCUGGAACAGAUCAUUGCAAGGCUGGAAUCAAAACAGUAUCAGGAAGGAUUUUAG